AUUGACGAAAUUUUGCUUAGACGGGUAAUAAACCCAGCGGGAGCAUGGACAAAAGCACAUACUGUAUAUAUCAGUGGAACAGUGAAAACGAGUCACUUGUGAAAGCUCUUCUUCCUGUGUAGGACUACUUAUAUAGAUUUCAACGAAAAGAUCGCCAACGAAGACUGACUGCAUCGUCGCCACCAUCCACCAUUUUCAGACAACAGAAUAAAGUAGAAAUGGGUUUUGAAAAGUUUCGUGGUACUUACCCCGGACGGGAUCCCUUAAUGGACAGUUUGAGAAAGUUAUUUUCUUUGCGCACAAUGAGAACACAUCCAGAGCUUGUUCCAUUGGUUUUUAUUACAGCAGCCGCUACGACUGGAAUGGUCUCUUCGGUUUUAUAUCAUUUAUUUUACAACUUAGAUGCAAGAUUUGUAAAAGGAGGCUAUCCGAGAUGGGAAUUGGUGGAUCCCGAGAAACCACAGAAGCUGAUUACGAUCAAGCAAAAAUGGGAACGAAAUCCCCAAUUGGAUGAACUUCGCAAGAUUAUUGGGCCUUACAAACCAAAAUAAUUACAUUGAAACAAAUUAGAAAUUUGUCAAUUUUAUCGACAUUUGUUCGACUUAUUUUGUACAGUUUUUCUCUGAAUUUUCAACUGAAUAAUAAAGAUGUAAUAUUUUAAUGUUUAAAAAAUGUAUGUAAUAAAUUAAAUGUUUUGAAUGUAAGUUUCUGAACGAAUUAUUA